UCAACAACUUUUAAGCAGGCAGGCACUACGAUGAUCUUCUCAUUUUCCCGGCAGGCAGGGGGCGACAACCCAAUUUCCCACUGGAUCUUCGACCUUUUCGGCAACCUUUUUUCCGAUACCCAACCUGUACAAACAUCCUUUAAUCGACAUAAGCUCCUUUCCCUUCCUGAAGCGAAAGUUCUUGACAUUUUCGGACGGCGCAAAAAAACGAAGAUUCAUCGGUACCUCUUGUUUUCGAAUACCCAAAAAAGCGUGGUGGUGUCUAUGGCUUCGAAAGAUGGGGCUGCUUUGAUUUUUUUUUCCCACGAAACGGGUGUUACCAAGGUGGUCGUGCAUCCACCAAACUACUAAUCAUAUCACACACAACAACUUGCAUCGGUGUCUCACGACGGAGUUCUCGGCUUUUUCCUCGCCUCGGCGACUUUUGUCUUAUUUUCUCGUUUAUUUUUUCGAUACCAUACACACGGGGUUUUGGUGUUUCGUCAUCGUCACUAAGAAGCGGCGACUUCAGUCACAUGAUAAAAAGUCAUAACGGUUCAACGGGUCCAUGAAUUCAUCAAAGAAAAAGAUAUCGACAUAUAGAGCGACUUUCGAUGGGUUUUUAGCAGGUUGCGCUAUGUGGGCGGGAGGCUUUUGCAACCUUGGGUGUUCUCGAAUUUCUGGGGGCUACAUGGGCAAAUCUUUUUUUGGGAGCAGGCAGGCAGGCAGGCAGGCAAAGACCUCCUUUGUCGUUUUGGUGUCGCGCGGAAUCUCAACUUGAAAGCUGGAAUUUCCGGGGUGUACGGGAAUGAGGAGUUGGUCUGAAAGUAUUUCGGGAAAUUUCUGUGUUGUUUUAUUUUUUUUUUUUUUUCUUGGUUCUCCUAUGUUCCGGAUUUUCUUUCCGCCUGUAUCAUGAAGGGAUGGUAGGCGCUGUGCUACGGCUUAGCCCCGCCUUUGCUUUUCUUUCUUCUUGUUGAUUUUGGGAUUUAUUUCUUGCAACGGGGAAACUUUGCAUCUCUCGGAUCUGGCUCGGUGUGUGAAAAGAUAUCAGCGUGUCUCUUUUCUCUCGUCUCUACUAUUCAUGGGGAAGGCUGGCUCGGUUUUGUUUUUGGCACAAAGCAUCAUCAUUUCGGGGAUAUCCUCUGUUUUUUGCGAGCGGGCGUCGCUUAAGCUUUGCUAGUGUGUGUCUUCCAUAUCCAUGUUAUGAGGAGUUACACUGGAAAGGGUUGUGUGUUUCUGUCUGCUACUUGCUGGGAUGUGGGCGAUUAGCUCCGAACUGGCUGCUUUGUCCCGGUCGAGUCAUCAUCUUACGUGUGACUCUUGUCGACCGCUCGACUCAAAAAGCUUGCGUGUGAAUAUUCGGGAUCAUAUUCCUGAAAAAAAGAUUUGCAAGUUAUAUGGCGAGCGAUCGAAAUAAAUACAACCGCCUCCUUCACUC